AUGCCGCACACUAUUUGUUUUUUGGACGACUGUCACAGACGGAUUAAGUCGAACCAGAAACGGCAUCGACUGGGAGCGUCUGCACUCUGGCCCUUGUAUUGUCGACUGUACCAUGAUGAGGAGGAAGCACACAAAACCGAGGUCAUAUGCGAAGCAUGCCACAUCAAGAUUCGCUCUCAAUUGAAGGAUGAAGGGACGAAACAAUUCCGGAGGUCAAAACCUAAAGUAAGGGGAGAGGGUGUCAUUCUACCGAGCCGAACAAGAUUAAAUAUGAGAAGAGAAGACAAUGAUGCUCGUGGCGCUGAGGAGGAAGAUCGUCGUGGCGCUGAGGAGAAAGAUUGUCAUGGCGCUGAGGAGGAAGAUCGUAGUGGCGCUGAGGAGGAAGAUCGUCGUGGCGGUGGCGAAAACGAUGCUCAUGGCGCUGAGGAGGAAGAUCGUCGUGGCGGUGGCGAAGACGAUGCUCAUGGCGCUGAGGAGGAAGAUCAUCGUAGUGGUGAUGAAGACGGUGCUGGUGGCGCUGAGGAAGAUAGUGGUCGUGGCGAUGAUGGAGACCGUGGUCGUGAGGAAAAUUAUGCUCGUGGAGGUGACGACGACUAUUUUUGUUGGGCUGACGACGACCAUGCUCAUGAGGGUAAAGUUGACGAUGCUCAGCAAGAGAUUGACCGCUUCGAGUAUGGAUUAUUGGACAUGGAGCUUGACGAAGUCCAUUUUAAUAGUGAGUAUAGCAGAUUAAAUACUAUAAUCAUAAUGCUACAAUACUAUGAUAGUAUAUUUAACUACCAGGUGGAUUUGAUACUACAUCCCGUCAUGAAAACUCCAUGGCUAUUUCAAUAAGUGGCAGAAGUGAGAUCCAGUCAGAAUGGAGCACUCAAGGCACAACAGUGACGAUGACCGCCCGAAGUCACUCUCAAGCGUCAAUCGUUUCGUCU